AUGUCGGGCUUUUCCGACUCAGAGGAACAUGACCCCCAGACGGAUGAGCUCCGCGAGACGGCACUCGUCACCCUCGAGGCCCUGCUGAGCGCUUGCAACCAGCAAAUGCAGCCUUACGUCACCAACGCUAGCCAGGCCGCCCUCCGAUCCUUGAAAUACGAUCCCAACGUUGCUGAAUUGGAGGAUGAUGAGGAAAUGGGUGGCACACAGGACGAUGGCGACGAAGGCAAUGUUGAAUCUGACUUGGACGACGACGACGAGUUUGGGGAAUUCGAAGAAGAAAAUGGCUACAGCGACAUUGACGACAUGAGCUGGAAGGUUCGCCGAUGCGCGGCAAAGCUCCUGUUCACCUUGAUUUCCUCCUAUGGCCGCAGUAGCACCCUCGACGAUAAGACUCUCUACCAACAAAUUGCACCGGCAUUGAUUGCCAGGAUCAGUCGCGAGCGCGAGGAGAGUGUGAAGAUGGAAGUGAUUUCAACUUUGACUGUGCUGGUGCAGAAGACAAGCGAGGGCUCCGUGGUCCUCGCUUCAAGCGACUUCAUGGAAGCUGUGGGUGGUUCGAAGAACACACGGAAACGCAGACGCCAAGACAGUGAUGCCAACAUGGUUGAUUUCGAACCUGGAACGAGCACAUCAUCUGCCUUGGACUCACCUUUCAUGCCAUCUUCGCCAAAAUCCGGCCCCCAGGCUGAUCUCGCGCGGUCUGUUCCGAUGAUUAUUCAAAGCUUGGUCAAGGCCUGGAAGCAAGCUUCUAUGCCCCUACGUCAGGCUAUCAUCGCUCUUUUGAGAAGUCUCACCCUCGUUCACUAUGGGGGACUCGCGAAUCAUCUCCAAGAUAUUCAAUCUCUCAUUGUGGACGCUCUGAAAUCCACGUCGCAUGUCGGUAGCUCGACCGCUCAUUCUGGGGCUGCUGUGAGCGCCGGCUCCCUCCAGAUCGAGACCCUGAGUCUCAUCGCUGCUAUUUCAGUGACCCAUCGCUCAGAGGCUCUUCUGCCCUUCCUGGGCGCUCUGGUCCCUGGUGUCGUCGGUACUGUCAACGAUCGUAAUUACAAAGUGAGCAGUGAGGCUCUUGGGACUGUUGAGCAGAUAUUCAAGGCCAUGACUCCCCCUCGCACCUCCACUGCUACGCCCGAGAGUGCGAACCAAGUGACGCAGCUUUAUGAUGUCGUUUUGGCUCGUAUUGCUGACACGAGCGCGGAUUUAGAAGUACGUCAACGGGCCAUUCAUGUAUUCGGUGUCAUUUUGGCUCUGACUUCGGGUCAGCAAGCUUCCGAAUUCCUCAAAUCUGAACAGCGCGUCAAGGGUCUCUCUGUACUGGUCGAUCGAUUGAAAAAUGAGACCACUCGCCUCGCUGCCGUACGCGCCAUUGAUGAUGUGGUUGUUCUUGCUACCCGUCCGACAGAUGCGAGCUCUGGUUGGGUGAACGAGAUUGCCCUCGAAUUGGGGUCUAACCUGAGAAAGUCCGACAGAGCUCUGCGGGGAUCUUGCUUGGAGGCACUUCGCAGCGUGGCCAUGAAUUCCAGCAUUCGGUCCCAGUUGAGCUCGGAUACAAUGGUCACGCUUGAGAGAGCACUCCUUCCUUUAUUGGUGACGCCUGACUUCCACCUUCUUACGCCUGCCCUGAUUAUUAUGGCCAAGAUCAUACCUGGAAACUCACAGUUACUUGUCAAUGACGAGUUGAUAUCCUCUAUUUGCUCAAUCGUCAAGCAACCGCUUGUUGGCACCGUUCUCAAAGCGCUCCUUCUUCUGGUGAAGGUUAUUGGGGACGAAGGUGCGGGCGCCCAAUUAAUGCAGAGUCUUCUGCAGAAUGUUGGCAUCAUGGGUGACCCUUCGGUAGUCGGGCGAGCUGUGGGCACCCUUCUGGUUCACGGCGGAUCGAAUCUAGGCGUCGGAAUGGAGGACUUCUCUAAAGAACUACAAACUGCCAAGGAUGACAGUCGCAAGUGCCUUGCUCUUGCAAUCCUGGGCGAGAUUGGAUUGCGUAUGGGCGCUCACUGUGCGCUCACGCCGGACACAUUCAUGGCACAUUUCGAUUCCGGCUCAGACCAUGUCCGCCUUGCUGCAGCGACAGGCCUCGGAAACGCGGCAGCCGGUAGUGUGAAGACCUACCUACCUGUUGUGAUGAACGGCCUCCAAAAAUCCAAUCCGCAAAGCUACCUGCUGCUCCACUCUGUUCGAGAACUGCUUCAACAUCCAGAGGUUGUUCGGCCCGAACUGGCCCCUGCGGCAGACAAGCUUUGGCAGGCGCUGCUCGUCGUUUCAGAAGAGGAAGAUAACCGCGCAGUGGGAGCAGAAUGUGUGGGUCGCUUGGCGUUGAUCGAUCCCGUUAACUACAUUCCACACUUCCAAGAUUGUCUUGAUGAUUCGAAUGCUAUUGUACGCAGUGUGGCAAUUUCGGCGUUCCGUUUCACCCUCACCGACUCCAGCGAUGCUUACAACGACGUUCUACGCCCUCUCAUGGCGCCUUUGCUCAGCAAGAUGCUCAAGGACGAUGACCUCGGCAAUCAUCGCCUCGCAUUGACGACCCUGAACUCCGCUAUUCACAACAAGAUGUCUCUGCUUCUGCCCCACUUGAAUGAUUUACUUCCAUCUGUCUUGGGAGACACCGCCAUCAAGCCUGAGCUGAUCCGCGAGGUUCAAAUGGGCCCCUUUAAACACAAGGUUGACGAUGGUCUUGAUCUGCGCAAGAGCGCUUACGAAACGCUGUACGCAUCGCUCGACACCGCUUUCGCGCGUAGUCAUAUUUCUGAGAUCCUUGACCGAGUUGUGGUGGGAGUUGAGGAUGAGCAAGACAUUCGAGCCAUCUGCAACCUCAUGACCUCUAAGUUGACGGUGAUUGCCCCCGAAGAGACUCGACGUCGCCUUGACGCGCUGUCGGAGCGCUACACCUUGGUUCUCUCCUUCAAGCCCAAGGAUAAUGCGGUCAAGCAGGAAUUGGAAAAGGCACAGGAAGCUUCGCUUGGGAUCCUCAAGAUCACAAAGGAGCUCAAUAAGGCAUACUCCGGGACGGAACCACACAAAACCUCGAGUGAAUUGCACAAGUGGAAAGGAUAUGUCGAAUGGGCGCGAAAGACCUUUGCCACGCAAUGGCAGUCCUUGGACUCGGAUUACUAA